AUGCAAUCUAACAAAGACAAUUUGAGUCUCGAGAUAUUAUUAGGAUUUUAAUACCCUGAAUUGUUUACAAAAGCCAUGACUUUUAAAUAAUUUCAUUAAGAAUAUACAGCAAGGAAUAAAGAUAAUCCAUUAAAAUAUGGGAUAAAUGAAAAUUUUAUUGAAUUGGGAUAAGAUCUCAUUGAAUUUUAUUAUAAUGAUUUCUUCACAUAUUAAGAGUAUGUCUUAAAGAAUUAAAUUAUUAUAUAGUCUACCAAAUAAAACUCAUAAAAUAUUCAAAACUUACUCUGAUAUUAGAAAAUAAAAAUAAUUGGUUUUAUCCGAGAAAAAUUUAGCAGAUACAGCAGUUCAAUUAGGAUUGAAGACUUAAAUGUUAAUUUCCAUUAAUCCUAAUUCAGAAUUAAAGUAAUCAUAGAAAAUUAAAUAAUUCUAGAAAUAACCAAAAAAUUUUAGCCCAGGCCCUAAAAGCUAUAAUUGGAGCAUAAUAUUUUGAUAAAAAAAAAGAUUUAAAUAUUUUAAGAGACUUAUUACAAGUGGUCUUUCAAGAAAUAAUUAAAAAAUCACUUGUAAAAAAUUGAUCUUUAUAUAGGAUGAAGCUAUGGGUUUUCCUUAAUAAGAAAAUAUAAAAGGAGAUUUCAAAGAAUUUAUUGAUAAACAUCCAGAACUUUCAUAUAAAUUAAGUUAUUAAGAACUCAAAAAUAAUAUAGAAUUAAAUUAAACUAUUUAUGAAUAUGAAUUAAAGAUUAAUGAUAUUUUACCAAUUAAAAGAAGUGGAAAAUAAAAAAAGGCUGUUGAAAAAGAAGUCUUUAAAGUUGCUUUAGAAUUAGUUAAAAGUGAUAAAUUUUAAUAAAUAUUGGAUGAUAGUAUGAGAAGUUAACUAGAUUAAAGUUUUGAUGGUCCUUCCCAUUAAAUUUAGGAUUCAAUAGUUAUUGAAUCACAAGUUUCUAGUAAAUUUCAUUAAUAGUUUUCAUUUGUUUAGUAAUUUUCUCUAAUGGAUUAAUCAUUUUAAGAAUAAUUAUAAAUAAAUGAAUAAGAUGAAGAUAAAAAAUAGAUUGAACGGAGCUUAAAGUAUUGA